AUGAAGUCUGUCAUGAGUGGUCUCACCAUAUUCGCUGCCCUUGCAGCCGCUGGUACAAUCGAGUUCUGCAGUGAUACCGCAUGUGGUUCGAGUUGCUCCGACCAGUCUACCUCGGGCCUGGCCUGUAGAGCUUUGGGUGGUAUCAAGAGCACCCAGGCAACCCAGCUGGAUGAUGGUUGCAGUUUCACCAUCUAUACCGACGCCAGUUGCAGUGAUAAUGGUGUGGCUGUACCCUUGAACAGCUGCAUCAUCAACAAUAAUGGGUUCGGAUCUUACAGCUAUGAUUGCUAG